UAUUCUAUAUAAAAUAAAUCCCUCCAAAUUCUUACCUCUCAUCUCCAGAAUCUUCUUCUACUACUACUACGGCUAGGGUUUUCAUUUCUCCGUUCUCGCUCGCCGGUACUGAUUUGUCGGAGUACGGUGGUUGUUGGAUCUGCCGAUGGCGGAGGAGGAGGAGGAGAGGAACGGCGGUGAUCGGAGUGAGACGAGUGACUACACAUCGGAGGAUGAAGGUACUGAAGAUUACAGGCGUGGAGGUUAUCACGCUGUUCGAUUCGGAGAUACAUUCAAACAUGGACGAUAUGUAGUACAGAGUAAACUUGGUUGGGGACAUUUCUCCACUGUUUGGCUCGCAUGGGAUACGCAAAAAUCUAGGUAUGUUGCUCUAAAAGUUCAAAAGAGUGCUCAGCACUAUAUGGAAGCGGCUAUGGAUGAGAUUACCAUAUUAAAGCAGAUUGCAGAGGGAGAUCCAGACGAUAAGAAGUGUGUGGUGAAGCUAUUGGAUCACUUUAAGCAUUCCGGUCCCAAUGGCCAGCAUGUUUGUAUGGUAUUCGAAUACUUGGGAGAUAAUCUUUUGACUCUAAUUAAGUACUCAGACUAUCGAGGGCUAUCGAUUCACAAGGUUAAAGAAAUUUGCUUCCAUAUUUUAGUGGGUUUGGAUUAUUUACAUCGUCAGCUUUCUAUUAUCCACACGGACUUGAAGCCAGAAAAUAUUUUGCUAUUAUCAAUGAUUGAUCAAAGUAAAGAUCCAACAAAGUCAGCCGUUCCCCUUAUUCUCCCUUCGAGUAAAAGUAAGAUUCUCUCCGAAUCUGGGGCUUCUAUGGAAGUAAAGGUUUUAAAUGGUGACCUGACUAAGAACCAGAAAAAGAAAAUUCGGAAGAAGGCUAAGCGAGCAGCUCAAAGAUGUACGGACAAGGAAGCUUCUGAGGAAACAGAACAAGAUAAUGAAGCCAGUAGUCCUGAAAAGUCUAAUUCUGAUGAGAAACCUAAUAAAGACUCGGUUAAAGGGAAGACUAAUACUAAAGCAAGUGAGGAUGGCUCAACAACAGACGAAGCAAGGGAUGGACAGCAGAGAAUUCAAAGACCUAAAAGAGGCAGUCGAUCCACGAGGCAGAAACUAUUGACUGAUGUGGACCUUACGUGCAAAUUAGUUGACUUUGGCAAUGCAUGCUGGACGUAUAAACAGUUCACAAGUGAUAUCCAGACAAGACAGUAUAGAUGUCCUGAGGUUAUCCUAGGCUCUAAAUAUUCUACUUCAGCUGAUCUUUGGUCCUUUGCUUGCAUUUGCUUUGAGCUUGCCACUGGUGAUGUUCUUUUUGAUCCACACAGUGGUGACAAUUAUGACAGGGACGAGGAUCACUUGGCCCUUAUGAUGGAGCUUCUUGGAAUGAUGCCACGCAAGAUUGCCUUAGGUGGGCGUUAUUCACGAGAAUUCUUCAACCGAUAUGGAGACCUGAGACAUAUCAGACGGUUGCGGUUCUGGCCUAUAAAUAAAGUGCUUAGGGAAAAGUAUGAGUUCAGUGAACAAGAUGCUCAUGACCUGACCGACUUCCUUGUUCCAAUACUUGAGUUUGUACCUGAGAAAAGACCUACUGCAGCUCAAUGUCUCAGUCAUCCGUGGAUCACUGGACGCCCUCGUGAUCUUUCUCCUUCUACAACUAAUUCUACAUCCCAAGCAACUGAAAAUGGUGUCUUGGAGAAGAAGAGGGAGAAAGAUGAGAGGGAGGCAAUGGAAGCUGGAGUAGGCAAUAUUGUGAUUGAUGGAACCCCAAAGCCAGUCAAGGUUUUUCAAUCCGUAAACCCAGCAAAGCAGAGUUAACUGAUUCAGCCAUGAUUACCCCGAAGGCAAAGUGAACUUGUGCAGUAGCGAGAGAUUGGAGUUGAUUUCAGCGAGGGAAACUGUAUUUUAUGGUUGAAGGCUUUUGCUGACAUUUAUCCAUUAAACUGUGCAGUCGUGAGAAUUCUUGUUGCUGAUUGAAUUUUCCUCUUACAUUUAAUUGCCGCAUAUUUUCUGUUUCUAAAAAAAUUAGUGUCCAGCAUGAUAGUAAUCGGGAGAAGAAGAUGAGAAUACAAACCACAAACUUAACACGAUAAUUUGAAUCAAAAGGGGUUCAAAUAUCAAUACAUAAAUUGGUUAUUGUCCACACUUGGCUUGGAAAGGAGAAUGAUAAUUCAAAUAAGCCAGUUGAACUCUCUCAAAGGGUACCCCUUUGUUCAACUGAGUGGUGGUGGUGUGAUUAUUUCUGAUAGAUUUUCGGUGCAAGUAAAAGCUUUUAUGGAGGCAAUACCUUUUAUUUCAGAAUGUGGAAGUAACUUAUAGUGGGAGAUGAUACUACACUA